UUUAAAGUACUGUAGGCCUUGGCCUAUAUAUGUUGCUUUUGGUGGAAGUGGAUACUAGCCAAGUAUUUCACUACUGAAAUAAUUUUGUCUAUAAUCAACACAUGACACCCCACAUGAAUUCAUGAUGAACAUUAUAAGUCAUGUGUUGUAGUUGUGAUUUGAAUCAUAUAUGUUGACUGUUAUACCCGUUUGGGCCCUAAUUAGGAAUAAAUCAUAUCAUAUUCCGGAUUCUCUAGUCGUCUAGUUUCAAUUACUACAGUGCUGAAUUGACUUCCGCUGUUUGUCUCGCCAGGACCUCAUUCAAUAAUUUACUUCCAUUUGGCAAAUGCUAGUGAACUAAGAAGAAUCAAGUUUAAACACAGAUUUGAUCCCUAUGGAGAAAAAUGAGGACAAAAUGGAGGAGAAUAGAGGGAGUGAAGAUCAGAACAAUGUCAGUGUCGAGGAGCAACAAGAAGAUGAAAUGGCUGAAAUGAAAUUUCCAAAGCUACCAAGAAAGAGAAAGCCUCAGUCUUAUAUGUGUGAAGAGUGUGGGAAGAUCUUCAACAGAGCUGAUUUGUUGCGUAACCACAAACGCGUGCACUCUGGGGACAAGCCCUUUACAUGUGAAGUGUGUGGAGAUAAGUUCCGCGAGCAGGGGCACCUGAGACGUCACAUGACCAGACACACAGGAAAGAAGCCAUAUCAAUGUUACAUUUGUGGGAAGGAGCUAAAUAGUAGCCUUGCCAAACAUCUUAGACGACAUCUCAAUGAUCGUCAGUUCUCAUGUGUCAUGUGCGACAAGAAGUUUGUGUCAGGCUUUGAACUCAAACAACAUAUCCUGACACAUAAGAAGGGCACAUUCCAAGAGAAUUCAAACAGAGGAACCCCCAGCUUAGAUAAGAGAGAACCAAAGCUACCCAAGCAAGUCACUAGUGUACCAUCCAUACCUUGUGGAUCAACAGGGCUGACUCAUACAGCACAGUUAGAGUCAACUGAAUCAGAAAUUGUCUCAUAUCAGAAAUUUGCAGAGGAAACUCAGAUGGCUCUAUACAGAAGGUUAGCUGUAAGUCAGGGAGAGCAGGGGAACCAGCUUAGGGAUCCAGCAGAUCCGUCCCUCAUGAAUUGGGAUUACUUAUCAUAUGCUGCUGGAAUGGGGCUGACACCAACAGUUCCAGGUCAAAAGCAGUUCAAAAGCAAAUCCUCUGGUAGAAAAAGGCUCUCUGAUUUACCCUGGGAUAUCUCUCAAAGCAGCCAGCAACUCCAACAGCAGACUGUGUCUCACCCAGAGAUCAUGCAACCUGCACAGUCAUCCAUGAUAGGAAUGAAAGACUCGGAUUCCAUGGCUGAUCAGACCACACAGAAUCUGCAGUGUGAAUCAUCUAAUGAAUCUAGUCAAAACAUUGAAGGAGAGACAAAUACCGAGAGAAAAUCAGAGAAACAAAGUACGGUAGUUAUGCAUCAGGAGCUGGAAGAAAAGGAAGAGCAAGAGAAAGAGCAUACAGAGAGCCUUGAUAUUCCUCCCACUAGUCAGACUGUAGAUCAAAGUCCACCUAAAGCUAUUUUAGAAACGGAGGGGCUAGAGUCCGAUUCCUUUACAAAGAUACAGCAUUUAACAAUUAGUGUUAAGGAAGAACCCCCUGAUGUAGAUUUACCAGACACUGUGCACACAGAUAAACUGUCAGACGAUGAUCCCAUGGAAGACUUUUCCCACCAGGAUGACUCUGGAUCUACUACUGAUGAAUAUGAAGCAGAGGCUUAUUUUCAGAAACUUGAAGACUCGAGUACAACUGAAAAGGACAAGAGCGAUGCCGACUGGACUCCAGAUGAGCCAAAGAAAUCACUGAAAGUGGUUAUAAAAACUCCCAAACGAGCACCAAAGAGGAAGGCUCCAAGGAAAGGCGGUGAGAAGGAAGGUCCUAAAAAGAAAGUCAGGAAGAAGAAGGCAGAAGAUGCAACGCUGCCAACCACGGUGUGCACAGAUGCUGACACAUUGUAUGUGAUACCUCCAGAGAAGGAUGGAUCCCAUGACAACAAGAAGAAAAGAGCAGCUAAGAAGGACAGUGUGUUUGUGUGUGAUGAAUGUGGCAAGAUAUUCUUCCGGAAUGAUCUCCUGAGGAACCAUAUGAGAGUCCACACUGGAGACAAGCCAUUCACGUGUGAAGUUUGUGGGGAGAGUUUCAGGGAGUCAGGCCAUCUCCGUCGUCACAUGACCAGACAUACAGGAAAGAAGCCAUAUAAAUGUGAACUCUGCGGCAAAGAACUGAACAGUAGUCUGGCCAAGCAUAUGCGACGACACAUGAAUGAUAGGCAGUUUCCCUGCACCAUGUGUGACAAAAAAUUUGUCUCGGGAUUUGAACUGAAGCAUCACAUGAUCAUACACAACACCUCUGACCACAUUCCAUGUCACAUUUGUGGCCGAAAAUUCAGUCAUAAUAACAUUCUACAGAGACACAUGCUGACUCACAGUGAUGAUCGUCCAUUUCCCUGUCCUGAUUGUGACAAGAGUUACAAGUGUAAACAAGAUCUGGAUAGACACAGGUCAAUUCACAAAGAAGUGUUCACAGCCACUUGUCAUAUUUGUGGGAAGCAGUUUUGUCAGGACCGCUAUCUACACAGACACCUUAAACGGCAUGAACAGUUAAAAGAAGAGGGCAUAGACGAAACUGAACGUUCCACAAGGAUGAAACCUUUCUCUUGUGAAGUUUGUCAUCAAAGAUUUACCACUGCCCCUAAUCUGAAACAACACAUGCAUCUUCACUUUUCGACUGAGAAGUUUGCCUGUUAUUUGUGUAGUAAAAUGUUUACUCAGAAGCGAUAUCUUCAGCGUCACAUACGCAGGCAUAAACGGGGUUGCUUUUCCAAGGGAUCCAUUGGUGGUAUCGAUGAUACUGAUCUCCUUAUGGGACAUAUGGUAGCCACUUUUAAUGAGGAAAAUGGGAAAAGAAGCAAAGAUAGGUUAACUGCUUCUUCUGUUUUCCAACAACCAGACUCACCCAGCAGCUUAGAGGAGGGUGAAGUUUUGAACCAUAAUAGUCAAAGUGAUGAGAGCAGUUAUCCUGAACAGACUUUACGUCAAAGUGAGACCAUUUCUUCAAAGCCUGUCUUUCCAUCAGCAGAAUCCAAAUUCACUGCCUAUAAUAAUAGUGAUGAAGAGUUGGAAGGUUACGAUGAAGAUGAUAAUGAUGAAGAUGAUAAUGAUGAAGAUGAUGAAGAAGGCUACAUUCCUCCUACCUAUCUAAAUGUGAUGGCACAGCCUAUAGCUAAGCCUCAGAGCUGAUUAAGACAUAGUCUUUUGAAAAAUACAUUUAGUGUAUCUUUAUGUUGGUCUGUAACCGUUUUUGCUUUGUGUGAAACAAAUUGUAAGUAUAAAUUUCUUAUUCAUACUGUAGAAAUAUCAGACACUGAGAAAUAUUUAGAAGUAGAAAAUAUUUGUUUUGUUGUACAUUAUUGAUUUUGUAUUAAUAUAUGAAUUGAUGUAUGCUAAUUCUUGUAUAGUAUACUGUAAAUGUACAUUUUGUAAGAAUUAGAUUCAUUUAAUGCCAUUUACUGCAGGCUAGGCUGUAUUCAUCUUCACUUACAUUUGAUAUAUAAAAGAUAACCUGGUACACAAAGUAAUAUUUAAAUGAACCAUCAAAUAUAUUAUGAUUGUAUGGUGCGUUUCUUACAAAUUUGGCAAUAUUUCAUACAUAUUUCAGUAACCAAAUUUAUUAUGAUCAAAGAUUAGGAGCAUUUUGUUUCUGGCCUAUAUGCGUGUUUGCAACUUUAACCUUGGUCGUAUUUUAGAUAGAAACUUCAUUUUAAGUAAACCAAACGGUCAAAGUUAAAGCUGUUUGACUAAUGAAGUAAUUUGUAUAUGGUCGAUGCCACAAUUAAACUUGUGAUGAUUAAACUCCAAUUGCUUGGAGUCAUAAGUGAUUGAUAAGUACAUUUUGUUUUAACUUAUAUUUUUAAAAAGCCCCCCCCCCCCCCUUCAUAAAAUGGCAGGAACAUAUUGUUAUGUAUUGCCCUUAGUCAUCCAUCCAUCAUUCUGUCAUAGUUGUAGUUUUACAGACAAUAUUUCACUAUGCUGACAAAUAUUUUGAUGAUUUUCAGUGCUUAAUUGUAUAAUGGAGAUUUACAGAUCAAAAGUUAGUGAGCUUUUCUGAUAGAAAUUUGUAUGUUUUCCUCUGUCAGUCAUCUGUAAACUAUGCACAUUUUUUUUUACUUCUUCUUAAGAACCACAGGGUCAAUUUCAACCAAACUGGGUGCAAAGAAUUCUUUGGUGAAGGAGGAUUGAAGUUUGUUAAAAUGAAAGACCAUUUCCCCUUUCAAGAGAAAAUACUUAAGAAACAGGGUGUUAUGUUUUAAAAUCUUUUUAAGAUUGAAUGGACCAGAAAAGCCAUAACUUACAUAGUAUCUUCUUUGCAUAAUGACAUAAUCAUAUGAUGGGGCCACAAUAUGGUUUUAAAAGUGUAUGAGAAAUUUUUUUUUAAAAUGUAGAUUCAAAUUUGUUCACACGUAGUUUAUAUUUAAAUCUUUUCAAGAACCACAAGGGUACUAUAGGUCAAUAUACAAGCAUCCUAAUGUAAUGUAAAUUCAAGCUUAUUCACACCAUGCUGUUGGUAACAAGAUUGGGACCAUACUUAGGAUUCAAUAUUUUUACAUGGCAAACUGCAACUGCUCAGAUGAGCAAUGUGAUCCAUGAGCCUUUUGUUCGUUUAGGUUGCAGAUUUUGUGAUGUACAGUACAUGUAUGUUGUAUAUUGAUGAGUUAUAGAUCAAGUUCAAAUUACACCCUAUUAAAUUGACUUAUUUUCAAUGGAGCUGUGGCUGUAAACAUUCCCUAGACUAUAUAUUUUAGGAUAUAUUUUCAGCAGGCUUGGAAAUAUUCAGCUAAUUUUUGGUGUGGGUGGUUAUACUGAAAAGGCAAUUGAAUAUUUUCAAGACUUUAAAAUACUCUAACCCUUUUCACUCACAUAUAAUUGCAUAAACAUAUUUAUUUUCAACUGAUUUUUAAGUGUCUAGCCCUGCCUGUAUAUUGAAGAGUUUUACAGAUCUAAUUACAUUUACAUGUAGGCGACAUUACAGCAGUUUACAGUCUGUGACUGGAUUUUUCAAGUGUAAAUUUUUUUUAUCAGAGAUCAAAUUUGACUUAUGUUCCAAUUGACAUGGUACAUAAUGUAAUUUGCUGGCUAUAUAUACCUAUUGAUUUACAGGGGCAUUUGUGUCUUCAUCAAUCAUAAUUCCGUUCAUUUGCUCUUUGGAACUGAACAUUACUUGACGAAGUCACUAUAAUUUCAUUUGUUAUUAAGUCUUGUAAUACAUUUAAUCAUAAAGUUGCUUUUACUCGUGUUCAUAUUAACUAUGGUUUACCUAACUUGUGAUCACUUUCUUGGUAACCAUAAGGUAGCCAUUACUAAACAUGCUUAAGAAUUUUCAUGAAUCAUGUUUUUUAAUUUAAAUCAUGUAUUACUAUAUUCAUUCACAUCAGAUUUUGAAAUAAAUCAGUAAUCAAAAUAUCU